UUGGAUAGAUACCCAGAAGUGGAAUUGCUGGGUCAUAAUGUAUUUUCCAUCUUUUUGACUACCUGUGCAGCCUAUGGAUAGUUCCUUCAGAACAUAAUUUCUAGUUCUUUAAUUCUCUCGAGUUGUUUCUAAUCUGCUGUUAAAGUUAUCCAUUGAGUUUCUGAUUUCAGCUAAGUUAUUUUUUAGUUUUAGGAUUUCCUUUUUUUACCCCCACUUUUUCUGGUUUCUAGUUCCCUACUGAAAUUUUCAAGAUUGGGUUUUAUUUAUCUGAAUACACUAAGCAUUGUGGUUUUAAUAGUCUAUCUGAUAAAUCAAAGCUAAUGGAUUUGUUUGUGUUGUCUGUUGUGUCUACUGCUUCUUACUUAAUGAUGCCUUUUUUCUUUGUGUUUCUAGUUAUCUUUGUGUGUCGGCAUUAUACUUGAACAAUUGUUUAUUGAAAUAAUUUGAGGACUAGGAUGAUGGAAUCUUACUCCAGAGAUUUUGUUUGCAUUGGUCGGCCCCUAAUGGUACUUCCUCUCUGGAACCACCAUGAUCUAUGUUCAAAGCUUAAAGUUGACUAGUCCACCUAGAUGUUGCAAAGCCAAGCAAAAAGACUUUGUGAGGGCUAGCUUAUUUCCAGUUUACAAUUAUCCAUAAAGUGAAACAUUUGAGGUUCCCCUCAUCGUAUGGGUGAUGGUUUGUUAGGAAACCUUUCCCCUUUUAAUGAGCCUUGAGUGUUGAUUUUUGUUACUCUAGUGCCUUGAGUCUGCUCUAGGUUCAACUCAGUUUGGCACUGGUUUAUUCCUUAGCCACCGAUGUCCUCAAGACAAAUACAGUUAACUAUGUGAGUACUGAAAGAAAACAGGUAAAUUCCUCUUUGACCUCAUGUAGGAAAAGAGCUCUUAACUAUGAAUCAAAAUCUAGAUGAAGUAAAAGGAAAAAAGUAUGAUAAAUUUGACUACUUUUUAAAAUGUAUGGCAGAAAUACACCACAAAGUCAAAAAGCAACUAACUGGAAGUAAAUAUUUGCAACGUAAUUUGCAACGUAUGUAACAGAUAAAGGCCUAAUAUAGUUAAUGUAUAAAGAAUACUUGAAAAACAAGGGGAGAAGGACCAACAACCCAAUAGAAAAAUGUGGAAAAGACAUGAACAAUUUAUGAUACUAAAAUUAUUAUUAAGCAGAAAUGCGAGGGCGGGCCUGGGGGCUCCAGCGCUGUGUUCCUAGAGCUGAGGUUGCUGGUUCAAUUCUCACAUGGGCCAGUGAGCUGCGCCCUCUAUAGCUAAGAUUGUGAACAGCAGCUCUCCCUGGAGCUGGGCUGCCCUGAGCAGCAGGAGGUUGGCACAAGCUGUCAUGGGAGGCUGUGUGCUGCUGUGGGCUACUGUGUGCUGCCCAUAGCCGGCGAGAUCUGCCAGGAGCUGCUGUGAGCAGCCCACCUAUGACUGACCCGACUUCCUCAACCCAGGGAAGUGCAAGGUUCCUUAUACCAGCAUGGGCCAGGGAGCUAUACCCUACACAACUAGACUGAGAAACAACAGCUUGAACCGGAGUGGGGGGGGGGGGGGAGGAGGCGGAAGAAAGAGGGAAGGAAAAAAAAAGAAAUGCAAAAUAAAACAGUGAGAUACUACUUCUCACCUAUCAUAUUAGUAAAAAUUAAAAAGUAUGUCACAUGUUGGGAAGGGUGUAGGGAAACGUACUCUAUUAUAUUGCUGGUGGGAAAGCAAAAACAGGUAUGAGGCUCAGAGGAGGGGAAUAGCCUCGAGACACAGACUUGGAAAUCAUCUGUCUUAGUGGGAAACGAACAGAGAUCAUCCAGGGAGGGAGAACGUGUGGACUGAGAAGAGGGGAGGCCCAGGAAUACCGCUACUCAAGGUGGCCGCGCAGCUUCCUGGCGGGCACCACUGCCAGGGCUUGAGUCAGGCACAGCCGGUGUUGGAAGCCUGUUGGAAGCCGGCUGUGGGGCUCCGUGGCUGAGCGCUCUUGGCGAAGUCGGGUACCCUCCCUGUGAUCAGCAGUCACACCUGGCGAGAAUGCGCAUCUCACAGGAAUGCUGGGCGAGGACUUGAGAAGAUGUGCCAGGUCUGCCUGUGUGUCACCAGCACUUGGAAGGCUAGAAAAGGAGGAGGAACCUGUCAGAAUUCCUGCAGGACAGGAAAAGGAGGGGACAUCUCAACAUGGAAAGACUCUACAAUGAAAAUGAAGGAAAGCCAGAAGAUGAAGUAAAUACAGAAGAUGAAGGAAAGUCAGAUGAGGAAGAAAAGCCUGAAGUGGAGGGGAAGCCAGAACAUGAGGGACAGCUCCAGGACCAGGGACAGCCAGAUGAUGAGGGACAGCCAGAUGAUGCGGGGAAGCAAGAAAAGCAGGGCAAGUCUGAAGAUGAGGGAAAAGCACGUGGUGAGGGCAAGUCAGAACCCCAGGCAAAGCCAGGGAGCGAGCCGCGGGCUGCCGAGAAGCGCCAGGCUGAAGAUUAUGUGCCUCAGAAAGCAAAACGAAAAACAGACAGGGGGACAGACGAUUCCCCCAAGGACUAUCAGGAGGACUUACAGGAAAGGCAUGUGGGCAGUGAGAUGAGAGAAUGUGGAGAUGUGUCAAGGGCUCAGGAAGAGCUAAGGAAAAAACAGAAAAUGGGUGGUUUUCAUUGGAUGCAAAGAGAUGUGCAGGAUCCAUUCACCCCAAAGGGCCAAAGAGGUAUUAGGGGAGUGAAGGGCAGAGGUAGGGGCCAAAGGGGCUUACAUGAUAUCCCAUAUGUUUAACGCCCUCGG